CGCCCACUCCUCCUCAGUCCACUCUCCAAACAACGCCAGUUCAUUAUUGGCUUCCCUUCCUUUUCCUCGUUGUAGAUCUCGUUCUUUUGCUUCCCUGUUUUAUUCUCAUGCCUUGAUAUCUUGCUUUAUCCACACCUCGCGACACAAACUCGUGAUGAAUGGGUUCGCAGCGCACCACCUUGACGAGGAUGCGUUCGGGGAGAAGUCCAACGUAGGAGGCGGGCUCAAAACCUUUGAUGCUUUCCCAAAAACAAAGCCCUCCUACACCACUCCCACCCGUCGCGGUGGCCAAUGGACCCUUCUGAUUCUCGUUAUCUGCACGGUCUUUUCCUUUUCGGAAUUCCGCAGCUGGCUCAAAGGCACCGAGGCGCAUCAUUUCACCGUCGAGAAGGGCGUCUCGCAUGACCUCCAAUUGAACCUGGACGCCGUCAUCUUAAUGCCCUGUGACACGCUGCACGUCAAUAUCCAAGAUGCAUCGGGAGAUCGGGUGCUCGCCUCGGAGAUGCUGAACAAGGAGCCCACGAGCUGGAAGCUAUGGAUGGAUAAGCGCAAUUACGAGCAGUUCGGUGGUUCUCAUGAAUACCAGACCCUGAGCCAAGAAGACUCCGGUCGAUUGGCGGCGCAGGAGAAGGAUGCGCAUGCCCACCACGUUCUGAGUGAAUUGAGGAGAAACCACAAUCGCAAGUUUGCGCGCGGACCAAGACUCAGACGGGGUGAUGUGGUAGAUUCUUGCCGGAUCUACGGUAGCCUCGAGGGAAAUAAAGUCCAGGGAGAUUUCCAUAUUACUGCGCGAGGUCAUGGGUAUCAAGACGGUGGACCUCAUCUGGAUCACAGCAGCUUCAACUUUUCCCACAUGAUCACUGAGCUGUCUUUCGGACCCCACUACCCUACGAUUCUCAACCCACUCGACAAAACCAUCGCCACAACCGAAUCACACUACUACAAAUAUCAGUACUUCCUCUCCAUCGUGCCCACCAUCUACUCCAAGGGCAACCUCGCGCUGGACACAUACGCCAAUGCCCCCCCAUCCAAGCGCGAGAACCGCUACAACAAGAACCUGAUCUUCACGAACCAGUACGCGGCCACUAGCCAAUCCGACGCAAUCCCCGAAUCGCGGUUUCUGGUCCCCGGGAUCUUCUUCAAGUACAACAUCGAGCCACUUUUGCUCCUUCUCAGUGACGAGCGGACGAGCUUCCUGUCGCUGCUUAUUCGGCUGGUGAACACCGUCUCCGGAGUGAUUGUCACUGGUGGCUGGAUCUACCAGAUGACCGAAUGGGCUACGGAGUUGAGGAAUCGAAGACGGACUCGUGGGAAGUCCGAGGGGUAUCUAAACGGGAGGCACUUGGCUGAAGAUUGAUCAGAUCAGAUGCGCGUGAAACUACGUAGGUAAUCUGUGUGGAGGGAAAGGCGAUUACCGAACAGGUUUUAUGUUGGCUGGGUUUGUUCCGCAUAUUCAUAAUAAAGGUUCAUUUCGGAGAGCUGGUGUUAUAAAAUCCGUUCUUUGCUCUUUUUUUUUUUUUUUUUUUUUUU